AUGGCCACUGUGUUUGGCAAUUUCAAGGUUUCUCAGCUAGGUUACCGCUUCUCUGAUCCUUUUUGGGAUAAGACUCAGUUCCCCACCUUCUACCAGAUCGAUCCUCAGUAUCACCUCCAGAAUGCAGCCAUUGUCCGUCUCUUUCUAUAUUUCCACUGGAACUGGAUUGGGAUCGUUGUUCAGAAGUCAGAGAGCAGUGACCAUUUCAUCCGGAUUUUUGACGCCACCCUCGCCCAGAAUGACAUCUGCAUACACUUUGUAAAACAAAUCAUGCCCCAAAUCUCGAUAUUAAACGCACUGAACAGCGGACAAAUAGAUGUGCUUUGGACAAUUUUGAGUAGUGAUGCUCAGGUUGUGGUUAUCUCCGGGGUUUCAAGUGUUCUGCAAAGCCUUUUGCUAUCCCUCUCCUUCUAUGAAGAAGAGAACCACACUUCUGGGAAGGUUUGGAUCCUGACCACCCAAUGGGAAUUUUCAGCGAUUGGCUACCACUACAAUUGGGGGAAACUAAAAUCCUUCCAUGGCGCUUUGUCUUUCACGGUUCACACAAACCCGGUGCCAGGAUUCAAAGACUAUCUCUGGGCUCUGAAUCCACACGAACCCCAUGGAGACGUCUUUCUCCCCGAAUGGUGGGAAGUUGUAUUUGACUGUCAGGUUUUGAAGGCAGGUCUGACCUCACCUGGAGGCCGAAGGGUUUGCACAGGAGAAGAGAACCUGGACACCCUCCCAGCCUCCGUCUUUGAUGGAAAGAUGACCGGUUUCAGCUACAGUGUCUACAAUGCUGCCUAUUCUGUGGCACAUGCAUUACAUGCUGCGUAUACUUUGGAAUCAAAGUGGGCAUUGAAGAGGGACAUAAAGAAGUCACACCUUCACCUCUCUAUGAAGUCCUGGCAGAUGCAUGCCUUCUUGAGAAGCGUCCUUUUCAACAACACCGCUGGGGAGGAUGUCUCCUUUUCAGGAACUGGGAUGAAAUAUGCAGGAUUUGAUAUCCUCAACUGGGUCGUCUUUGCAAACAUGACCAUCCUUCGAGAGAAAGUCGGAUGGGUCAGUCCAGAAGCUCCUUCAGCUGAAGGUUUCAGCAUCGACUCGGAUGCCAUUGUGUGGGCCAACCAGCUGAUGCCUGUUCUUCCAGAUGCGACUCAGUGCAUCCCCUGCCCAGAAGACCAACAGCCAAACACGGACCACGUCCUGUGCAUUCCCAAGACCAUGAACUUUCUCUCCUAUGAGGAUACACUUAGCUUCGUUUUAGUUUCUCUAGUUCUUUUCUUCUCUUUGAUCACAAUCCUUGUGUUGGCAACCUUCAUCAAACACUGCAACACGCCAAUUGUCAAGGCCAACAACCGUAAUCUCACCUACAUCCUCCUGGUCUCCCUCCUGCUCUGCUUCCUCUGCUCCUUCCUCUUCAUCGGGCAGCCAAGGAACCUCACCUGUCUCCUCCGACAAACCACUUUUGGCAUCGUCUUCUCCACGGCCAUUUCCUCUGUAUUGGCAAAAACUCUGACUGUAGUUCUGGCCUUCAUGGCUACUAAGCCAGGAAACAGGGCAAGAAAACUCUUGGGGAAGCAACUGAUCUUAGUCUUGGCUUGUCCCCUUGUGCAAGCAGCUCUUUGUGCCUCCUGGUUGUCAAUCUCCCCCCCAUUUAGUAAUUUAGACUUUCAUUCUGUGAAGGGGGAAAUUGUGAUGGAAUGCAAUGAAGGUUCAACAACCAUGUUUUAUGCUGUCUUGGGCUACAUGGGUUUCCUGAGUCUCAUCAGCUUCAUAGUGGCUUUUCUGGCCAGGAAGCUGCCAGAUAGCUUUAAUGAAGCCAAGUUCAUUACUUUCAGCAUGCUGGUUUUCUGCAGUGUUUGGAUCUCAUUCCUUCCCACCUACCUGAGCACCAGAGGGAAGUCCAUGGUGGCCGUGGAGAUCUUCUCCAUCUUGGCCUCUGCGGCUGGUCUGCUGAGUUGUAUCUUUCUCCCCAAAUGCUACCUUAUAGUGCUGAGGCCAGAUCUGAACAAUAGAAGUCACCUCAUGAGGAAAAUUUAG